GAGAACGAAGCGGCUUCCUCUUUAGAGUUCACGUCGUUGUUUCCGGCAUCGAAUGCAGACUCGCGCCACACUGACCGGCCUGUGUUUGGAGCCUGAGAAGUCCAGGGCUAGAGCGGCUCCGAUCCCAUAGCGGAAGUGACGUCUUCAUCCCUAAGUCAGGCCCUUCUCUGUGGGGCACAGAUUGACAUCCGGGCGAGGAGAAGUAGCAGCCGGCCGCAGGCUUUCUGCGUAGUUGGUGUCCAUGGAGAUGGAAGAUGGCGCCUCGCAAUCGGCAACUGUCCUCUACCCCUCUGGAGAUUCUGCUGUUCCUUAAUGGCUGGUAUUAUGCCACGUAUUUCCUGCUGGAGAUUUUCAUGUUUGUCUAUAAAGGACUCCUGUUGCCCUACCCUUCUGCCAAUCUGGCUUUGGAUCUGGUUAUGCUCUUCCUUUAUCUUGGAAUUGAAGUCACAAGGAUAUUUUUCGGCUCAAAAGGGAACCUAUGUCAGCGGAAAGUACCACUUGCCAUCAGUCUGGCACUAACCUUUCCUGCAGCAGUGAUGGCAGCCUAUUACCUGCUACUGCAGACCUAUGCCCUGCGGCUGGAAGCCAUCCUCAAUGCAAUCCUGCUUCUCUUCUACGCCGUUGAACUAUUGCUGGGCAUUCUUACUCUGGCCGCCUUCUCCAGUUUGGAUUCAUACUGAGUGACUACCUGGACUCCAUUGUGUGGAGAUCGAAAUGUAAGGCUGGAAGAACCCUUCAUUUCCAUGGCUGAGCCAAGAUGAAGUUUGGGGUUCAGCUUCUUGUGCAAGCCAAAAGAAGAUGCUGUAGGUACCUCUUUCCCUUCAGACAUGUCCAGACAAGGGGCAACAGUUAUCCAUAACAGGACCACCGUCAACCUAGCAUUCCUUUUGAAAGGUGGCAGUUUUUCCACACAAACUCUACAGUUCGGACCAUCGAGCUCUGCCUAAUCUAUAGAUUGUGGUGCCCUUCAACUGCAGUGUACUUCAUCUCCUCUAGAAGGAGGCGUUCUGACAUGGGGUCAAGAAUCUAGCAUGUGUGCAGCAACUCUCAUUGUGGCAUUUUUGUUCAAUCCUCCCUAACUCUGUAACCUUCUGUGUCCUAUCCCUGCAAGGGCACAGGGUUUCAAAGGCAGUGGCUCUUGGACUCUUUCCCUCACUCAGUAUUGUUGUGAUGUGUAUUGACAAUUUGUGAUACUUGGUUUUCUACUGUACCUGUGGAAUAAAUAUUUAUUUUUCAA